AUGCUGCUCUCCAAGGUCAACUCGCUGGCCAACCUGUGCUCCGGGUCCAGUGGGGAGCUGCACCCGGCCAAGCUACAGCCAGGGAAGGACAAGGAGCCGCUGGAGAAGCUGUACCAGGUGGGCCCGCUGCUGGGCAGUGGUGGCUUUGGUUCUGUCUACUUGGGCACCCGCCUGUUGGACAGCGCCCCGUCCGCACCGUGCUGGGGUUCUGGAUGCGGCUGCAGCCCGGCAGGAACGGACCCUAGCAAGCGGGGGUGGAUUGGUUUUGGGGUGCAGCUGGACUAUUUUGACAAGUGCUUCCGACCUUGCCCGCCGCUCCGGGGAUUGCACCGCACAAGGAUUGUUUUGGGGGGGAUGGAGGCGAUUGCCAGUCAGAUGGGCACGGGGAGAGACUCAAGCUCCUCCCCGAAUUCAAAGCAAGAGCUGCAGCCCUACUCGGGCGCCAAUCCCCUCAAGCCCAACCAAGUGGGUGAGACCUCCCUGUACGGCGUGCCCAUAGUGCCCCUGGUCAUCGACGGCCAGGAGCGCCUGUGCGUGGCGCAGAUCUCCAACACCCUGCUCAAGAACUACAGCUACAAUGAGAUCCACAACCGGCGGGUGGCGCUGGGCAUCACCUGCGUGCAGUGCACCCCGGUGCAGCUGGAGAUCCUGCGGCGGGCCGGGGCCAUGCCCAUCUCGUCCCGGCGCUGCGGCAUGACCACCAAGCGGGAGGCGGAGCGGCUCUGCAAGUGCUUCCUGGGCGAGCACAAGCUGCCGGAGAACUUCGCCUUCGACGUGGUGCACGAGUGCGCCUGGGGCUCGCGGGGCAGCUUCAUCCCGGCCCGCUACAACAGCUCCCGGGCCAAGUGCAUCAAGUGCGGCUACUGCAGCAUGUACUUCUCGCCCAACAAGUUCAUCUUCCACUCCCACCGCACGCCGGACUCCAAGUACACCCAGCCCGACGCCGCCAACUUCAACUCCUGGCGCCGCCACCUCAAGCUGAGCGACAAGACGGCCACGGACGAGCUGAGCCAGGCCUGGGAGGAUGUCAAGGCCAUGUUCAACUGCGGCACCCGCAAGCGGACCUUCUCCCUGCAUGGGGUGGCCGCCGCCGGUGCCUCCGCGGCCGCCAAGGCAGCCCUGCACCCGCCGCCGCCCGGCGGAGCCGAGCUGGCCCCGGUGCACAAGAGCUGCAGCGGCGAGGAGGCGCCCGGGGAGCGCGGCGCGCUGAGCUUGGCCGGGGCUCACGGCGGGCCCGGCGCGGUGCGCAGCUACCCGGUCAUCCCGGUGCCCAGCAAAGGCUUCGGGAUGCUGCAGAAGCUGCCGCCGCCGCUCUUCCCGCACCCCUACGGCUUCCCGGCCUCUGCCUUCGGGCUCUGCCCCAAGAAGCAGGAGGACUCGCUGGGCGGAGCCGGCGGGGGCGAGCCGGGCAAAGGGGGCGCCCUGCCGCCGGACAUGUUCUGGGGCCACCCGCACCAACCCCAGCAGCCGCCGCACCAGGCCGGCGCCGGCAAGGACAGCGGCGUCUACCCGCCCUUCCCCAUGUUCUGGCCGGCCGCCGGCAGCCUGCCCGUGCCGCCCUACCCGGCCCAGAGCCAGGCCAAAGCGGCCGCCACUGCCGACCCGCCGGGCCUGGGCGGCCGCCACAGCGAGCUGGAGGGCUCGGAGCCAUCGGGGAGCGGGCGCAGCAGCGCCACCCCGCAGGAGGGCUCCGGGGCGGACGGCGAGCGCUGCUCCAGCGCCCUCUCCAGGGCGGCCGCCGAGGAGGAGCGGUCCGGAGACGAGGCGCUGCUGCCGCCGCUGCCCCUGCCCAGGAAGGGCAGCUACCUGUCCGCCUUCCGCCCCGUGGUGAAGGACGCAGAGAGCAUCGCCAAGCUGUACGGCACCCGGGAGGCCGGGGCCGGCUACCUGUCCCCGGACUUCCUCAGCGAGGGCAGCUCCAGCUACCGCUCCCUCUCGCCGGGCGCCGACACGGCCGACGAGCCCGAGGUCGAGGUGGAGUCCAAUCGCUUCCCCGAGGACAAGGAGGAGGAGGCGGCGGCGGCCGUCGAGGAGGCGGAGCAGCCGCCGCUGCUGCCCAGGGCGAAGGAGCUGCCGCCGUCUCGGGCCGAGGAGAAAGGCGGCGAUCAGGGGCCGGAGAAGGUGAACCGGCCAGCGCCCAAGGGGAGCCCGCAGAGGAGCAGCAGCAGAGGCGGCUACGAGGUGGGGGGCUCCGCCGGGGACCCCGCUCCCGGCUGGGCGCUGAGCCCACGGGCGCGCGGAGACGGCAGCGCUGCAGACCCCGGUCCCAGCCCCCGGGGGAGGCCUGGCCCGCCCGCGGCGCAGGCAGUGUCCUGGCCGGGCAGGUGCUAG